ACACUCUCAUCAAGCACUUUCUCCCUGUGUUUAGUCGCCGUCGAUCGUUUCAAAAGCGCGAUCUUUUCCUUUAGUUCUUAAUUUUUUGGCUGGGCCAAAAAAUUUAAAAAAUAAUAAUUACAUAAAAAAAUUCUUUCGGGUUCGAACAGCAUUUUUUAAAUAACGAAAAUUUUUUUACGCUAAGUGCUUCUUAAAGCUAAGCCAUGGAAGACGGUCAUGCUAAAACCGUCGAACAGGUGUUACAACACUUUGGCACAGAUCCUGAACGUGGCCUGACACUCGACCAAGUUAAAGAAAACCAAAAGAAAUAUGGCCCCAACGAAUUACCUACCGAAGAAGGCAAAUCGAUUUGGCAGCUAGUUUUAGAACAAUUCGAUGAUUUGCUUGUCAAGAUUUUGCUUUUGGCCGCUAUUAUUUCUUUCGUCUUAGCCCUUUUUGAAGAACAUGAAGAUACCUUCACUGCAUUUGUAGAACCUUUAGUUAUUUUAUUGAUUUUGAUUGCUAAUGCCGUUGUCGGUGUCUGGCAAGAACGAAAUGCUGAAUCCGCUAUCGAGGCCCUGAAAGAAUACGAACCUGAGAUGGGCAAAAUUGUCCGUCAAGACAAAUCAGGUAUCCAAAAGAUUAGAGCGAAGGAAAUCGUGCCCGGUGAUAUUGUUGAAGUAUCUGUGGGUGACAAGAUCCCAGCUGAUAUUAGAUUGACACAUAUCUACUCGACCACCUUGCGUAUCGAUCAAUCUAUCUUGACUGGUGAAUCGGUUUCUGUUAUUAAGCACACCGAUGCCAUUCCCGAUCCCCGUGCCGUCAAUCAGGAUAAGAAGAAUAUUUUGUUCUCUGGUACCAAUGUCGCUGCCGGUAAGGCUCGUGGUGUUGUUAUCGGUACUGGUCUCAACACUGCCAUUGGUAAAAUCCGUACUGAAAUGUCCGAGACUGAGGAAAUCAAGACUCCAUUGCAACAGAAAUUGGAUGAAUUCGGCGAACAAUUGUCCAAGGUUAUUUCGAUUAUUUGCGUUGCUGUCUGGGCCAUCAACAUUGGUCACUUCAACGAUCCCGCCCACGGUGGUUCCUGGAUCAAGGGUGCCAUCUACUAUUUCAAGAUUGCCGUCGCCUUGGCUGUAGCUGCCAUUCCCGAAGGUUUGCCAGCUGUCAUCACCACUUGCUUGGCUUUGGGUACCCGCCGUAUGGCCAAGAAGAACGCCAUUGUCCGUUCCUUGCCAUCUGUUGAAACCUUGGGUUGCACAUCUGUUAUCUGCUCCGAUAAGACCGGUACAUUGACCACCAACCAAAUGUCCGUUUCCCGCAUGUUCGUCUUCGACAAGGUUGAGGGCAAUGACAGCAGCUUCUUGGAAUUCGAAUUGACUGGCUCCACCUACGAACCCAUCGGUGAGGUCUUCUUGAACGGCCAAAAGGUUAAGGCUGCCGACUACGAUGUCUUGCAAGAAAUGGCCACCAUCUGCAUCAUGUGUAACGACUCCGCCAUUGAUUACAAUGAAUUCAAACAGUGCUUCGAAAAGGUCGGUGAAGCCACCGAAACCGCCUUGAUUGUCUUGGCCGAAAAGAUGAACCCCUUCAGUGUGAACAAGUCUGGUUUGGAUCGUCGUUCUGCUGCCAUCUGCGUCCGUCAGGAAAUCGAAACCAAGUGGAAGAAGGAAUUCACCUUGGAAUUCUCCCGCGAUCGUAAAUCCAUGUCUUCUUACUGUGUACCCUUGAAGCCAUCCCGCUUGGGCACUGGACCCAAAUUGUUCGUUAAGGGUGCCCCCGAAGGUGUCUUGGAACGUUGCACACACGCCCGUGUCGGUACCUCUAAGGUUCCAUUGACCAGCGCCUUGAAGGCCAAGAUCCUCACCUUGACCGGUCAAUACGGUACUGGCCGCGAUACCUUGCGUUGCUUGGCUUUGGCUGUUGCCGAUAGCCCCAUGAGCCCCGAACAAAUGGACUUGGGAGACUCCACCAAAUUCUACCAAUACGAAGUCAAUCUUACCUUUGUCGGUGUUGUCGGUAUGUUGGAUCCCCCACGUAAGGAAGUCUUCGACGCCAUUGUCCGUUGCCGUGCCGCUGGUAUCCGUGUCAUUGUCAUCACUGGUGACAACAAGGCCACCGCUGAAGCUAUCUGCCGUCGUAUUGGUGUUUUCGCCGAAGAUGAAGAUACCACUGGCAAAUCCUACUCUGGCCGUGAAUUCGAUGACUUGUCGCCUGCCGAACAAAAGGCUGCCGUAUCCCGCUCUCGCUUGUUCUCUCGCGUAGAACCCCAACACAAAUCGAAGAUUGUUGAAUACUUGCAAAGCAUGAACGAAAUCUCUGCUAUGACUGGUGAUGGUGUCAACGAUGCCCCCGCCUUGAAGAAGGCCGAAAUUGGUAUUGCUAUGGGUUCGGGUACUGCUGUAGCCAAAUCUGCCGCUGAGAUGGUAUUGGCUGAUGAUAACUUCUCCUCCAUUGUGUCUGCCGUUGAAGAAGGUCGUGCCAUUUACAACAACAUGAAACAGUUCAUUCGUUAUUUGAUCUCUUCCAAUAUUGGUGAAGUCGUGUCCAUUUUCUUGACUGCUGCCUUGGGCUUGCCAGAGGCUUUGAUUCCCGUGCAAUUGUUGUGGGUUAACUUGGUUACUGAUGGUCUUCCAGCUACCGCUCUCGGCUUCAACCCACCUGAUAUGGAUAUCAUGGAAAAACCACCACGUAAGGCUGAUGAAGGUUUGAUUUCUGGCUGGUUGUUCUUCCGUUACAUGGCUAUUGGUGGUUAUGUCGGUGCUGCUACCGUCGGCUCUGCUGCCUGGUGGUUCUUGUUCGCCGAAACCGGUCCCCAUCUAAGCUACUGGCAACUCACCCAUCACUUGUCCUGCUUGGGCGGUGGUGAUGAAUUCAAGGGUGUUGACUGCAAGAUCUUCAGCGAUCCUCAUGCCAUGACCAUGGCUCUUUCCGUAUUGGUAACAAUUGAAAUGCUUAACGCCAUGAACAGCUUGUCUGAAAAUCAAUCUUUGUUGGUUAUGCCCCCAUGGUCCAACAUGUGGUUGAUUGGCUCAAUGGCUUUGUCCUUCUCAUUGCACUUUGUCAUUCUCUACGUAGAUGUUCUUUCCACCGUGUUCCAAGUGACACCAUUGUCGGGCGAUGAAUGGAUAACUGUGAUGAAAUUCUCUAUUCCUGUAGUUUUAUUAGAUGAAACACUCAAAUUCGCUGCUAGAAAGAUCGCUGACGUUAACCCCAAUUUCCAUUAAAAGAUUACCAAAACACCAAAACAUAAAAAAG